UGUGGCAAGUGGCUUAUACGGGGAGCUUCCUCUUUGCUUUAUUUCACACAACCAGGUACCAACAAGUUGGUCUAAGUAGUCCUGAAUUUGGUCCCCUUAAGCAAAAUCUUGGCUUCGAGUGGGACGGAAAAAAUGUGGUUGGGAGAGGAGAAUUCCAAUAAAAGUGACCAGCCAGGUUCCCAACAUAGAUUAGUCAUCCGCAAAAUCGGUGGAUAUUUUGUACCAAUAACAUGGUUACCAAAUAAAAAAAAAAAUUUACACUACCAGGCCUUGUUACUACAUGGCAUAGAGAGAGACCCCCAAAAGUAACAUAUUCUCAAAGAUGGUGGAUAAUAUUUAGUACGGAAAAGAUGUGAUGAGACAGUGAGUUUAGGCUGUCAAAUAGCGUUAUCUAUUUUUAAUAAGGGGGGCCAUAGUGUUGAAAGCAACUUAACAAAUGUAGACAUGAAGAGAUCUACAUACAAAUCAUUUUCUGUUACUUUCUUUUAAGUUGUUGCUACUUGCUAGUAUCCAAUAUUAGCUUACUAGGUGGUGUUUGAAAGAGAUGGGGAAGACAGGCAAAUGGCUUAGAAACUUGUUGACAACAGGUAAGAAAGACAAGGAAAAGGAGAAAUCUACAAUCAAGCUGAAUUCUUCUUCAAAUGGAACAGAAAACUCAACCACUCCAACUUCCUCAACCCCAAAGGAGAAAAAGAGAUGGAGUUUUAGAAGAUCAUCAGCCUCAGCCACUGCCACUACUGCCACAACCACACCAACAACAACUUCCAAGGAAUUGAAUUUUGUAGAAACAAAUGUGACUGCUUCACAGACAGUGCAAACUGACACUGAUAUUCAGAAUGAGCAGAGGAAGCAUGUCAUGGCUGUGGCUGCAGCCACUGCAGCAGCAGCUGAUGCUGCAGUGGCAGCUGCUCAGGCUGUAGCUGCUGUGAUCCGUUUGACUUCUACUUCCAAUGCAACAUCCAAAAGUAUUGAAGAGGCUGCUGCCAUUAAAAUCCAAUCUGCCUUUCGCUCUCACUUGGCAAAAAAAGCAUUGUGUGCUCUAAGAGGAUUAGUGAAGUUGCAGGCACUAGUAAGGGGUCACUUGGUGAGAAAACAGGCCAAGGCAACACUGAGAUGCAUGCAGGCUUUGGUGACAGCACAAGCCAGAGCUCGUGCUCAGAGGAUCCAAAUGGGGUCAGAAGGAAAGGCCAAUCAAAAGCACAGAAAUGCUGCCGAAGAUGAUUUGCUCAGGCAUAUAUAUAAUGAAAUGGACAGAGGCUUGGAAGACAACAUCAAGAUUGUAGAGAUGGAUGUUUGUGAAUCAAAAGUUAACUCCAGAAGCAGCAGUGUGUAUCAUCAUGGACAUCAAGAACAAUAUGACAAUAGAUUUUCCACACAUUAUUCAACAAAUGGUUCCUACACAAAAGAAGAAAAGUACAAGGUAUCACCGGCUCCAUCAGCAUUGACAGAGUCGAGUCCAAGAGCCUGCAGUGGUCAUUUUGAUGACUGUUUCAGCACAGCACAAAGCAGCCCUCACCCUCAGUUCUACUCUGCAGUGUCAAGAUCAGAAGAUUCAAAGCACCCUUUUGCUUUCCAUAGGCCAGCUUAUGCAGAAUCCAUGUCCUAUGACUACCCUUUGUUUCCAAAUUACAUGGCUAACACCGAAUCAUCAAGGGCUAAAGUCAGGUCACACAGUGCACCAAAACAAAGACCGGAUUCAUUCGAGAGGCAACCAAGCCGGCGAAGAGCUUCAGUUGAGGGAAGAAAUGUCCCAAGGCCAAUGAGGAUGCAGAGAUCAUCUUCACAUGUGGGUGCCACUGUCCAUAACUACCAUUAUCCUUGGUCAAUAAAGCUCGAUAGAUCCGCAGUUUCACUCAAAGAUAUCACGUGGAGAUGGGUACUGACUACUGAGAGUGCACCUUGUGCUACACCAAAUAGUAGCCACUUUGCAAGAACACCAAAAUCUAGAGUUGAGAAUUUCAGUUUGCUGAGUUUUUCUCCUUUUUAGAUUUCAAAACAAAAUAAUAACUCUGCUUUUACAAUAUAGAGUUGUUGCCAGGGAUUUAUUAAAGUCCAAUGAUUGUAGAGUUUCUUCUUCUAUUCGUUGUCUGCCAUGUUUGUGGAUUGCUUUGUAAUAAAAACACUGUAACGGCUUUUGGUCUGUAUAAAUUUUACCAAGUGAGAUAUUACCAAUGGGAGUAAUGAUGCUCGUAAUAACAAUUCAUAAAGGCCGUCGAAUGCUAAUA